AUAGUAAUGUAACGUAAUACCUAAUAUAUUAAAGUAUCACACAAUAAGCAUAUCCUCAUAUGAAGUUACUCGUAUAUAAAAUUUAAUAACUAUGAGCGUCAUAGCAUUAUUAUUCAUAUUAUGUCUGAAAUUGUUUUUAAUUUCUUGUCAAUCGCAGUGCAGAAAUUUUCAAACUUGCAGUGGAUGUAUUAGUUAUGGAGCUGAAAAGUGUGUUUGGUGUACUCAGAAAGAUCAUAUCGGUCGUAGAUGUCAAUCGAAAACCCUACUAGAUCCAACGUGGUGUAAAGAAGUAUACGAUCCAAUAGAACAAGUUAUUACCACAAUAAACAAAAGCUUGGAUGAUAGUAUUCAAUUCAUACCUCAAGAAAUUAAAAUUAAAGCACGGACUAAAGUUCCUAUCGUAAUUAAUAUGGUUUACAAACCCGUGGACUACCCACUAGAUGUCUAUUAUUUAAUAGAUUCCUCGGAAUCAAUGAGCAAAUAUAAAGAAAAACUUUACCAAUUUGGUGUGGACAUCUAUAACAAGCUGUCCAAAAUGUCCAACAGCGUCAGAUUAGGUGUUGGCAGUUUUGUUGAGAAACCUGCUUUACCCUUUGUUAACGUUGAAAGACAGACAGCGUAUUCAUUCCAGCACCACCAAAAAAUUACCAACAACGUGAGUUUAUUCUCAAAAGCCUUAAAAGAUCUUCAAAAAGUUCACGGCUCUAAUAAUGAUGGACCCCAAGCAGAUCUAGAUGCUUUAUUGCAAGCAAUGGUUUGUACAGAAAAAAUCGGCUGGAAUCCCGAUGCCCAUCGAAUUAUUCUACUUAGUACUGAUAAUACUUACCAUAACGCAUUAGAUGGUAAGUUUGUGGGUGCCAUAAACCCACCCCGUAUGGACUGUCAGUUAGACGAAAAUGAAUACAAAAGUGCCCUCAAAUAUGACUACCCAUCUGUGGGUCUGAUUAAUAAAGUAGCUACAAAAACUAAUACCAUGAUUAUAUUCGCUGCCAAUACUACUACCGAAAAUGAUUACAAGGCUUUGGAAACAAAAAUUAAAAAUGCCAGAUAUGUUCCUUUGUUGGAGGAAUCUGAUGUAGUUGAAAUGAUUUCAGAGGAAUAUAAGAAACUUGUCAGGAGUGUUCAAAUACAUGCAAAUAUUGAACCUUUUAUGAGUUUAACACUCGAACCAGACUGCACUAUCAAAGACAGAUGUAUCUACGCUAAUAAUGAAUCUGUUAACAUAGUUGGCACACUAAUUUUUAACUCAUGCCCAUUGAAUCACAAAUACAACUAUGAUGUGAGACUCGGACCAGCGUCAAUUAAAGAGAAAUUGAAAUUAGAUAUAGAAGUUGACUGUCAAUGUGAUUGCGAGAAACCAGAAAAGGCUGAGAAGAAUUCAGAUCAAUGCAGCAACGCUGGGACAUACCAAUGCGGUAUUUGUGAAUGCAACGAAAAUAGAUAUGGAGACAUCUGUGAUUGUAAGGAAACAAGAACACUUGAUUUAGAAAAAUGUAAAGCAAAUACCGAUGACCUUAACCCGUGUAGUGACCGCGGAAUUUGCAGUUGUGGAAAGUGUAUCGAUUGCGAAAUUGGAUUUUCCGGCGAUUUCUGUGAAUUUAACGACAAUUCUUGCCCUCGUCCCGGCGGUGUGCUGUGCUCGGGGCGAGGAGAAUGCAUAUAUGGCGCGUGCCAAUGCGAUCCGCACUGGCUGCCUGACGACUGUCUUUGUCCGGAUAACAACAACACCUGCGUAGCACCCCUUGCUAAAGAGCCAUGCUCCGGAAGAGGCAAUUGCGUCUGCGGCAAAUGUGUUUGCGAUGAUUCAAAAAUGAACAAAGACAAUUGCCUCGGGACAUACUGUGAUGAGUGCGCCAACACCCCCGCAGAACGUUGCGCUGAGUUACAAGACUUUGCGUACUGUAAUUUCAAGGAGAAUAAGACCUACUGCGAUGUGAAGUUCAGCUUCAAGAACACUGACGUAGUUUUAUCAAGCAAGGCUUUAAUGACUUCGGAUGACUGGUACAUGGCUAAGAUGUGGUGCAGACAAGUUUUGGACGACGGAAAAAUCCUUGUGUUCAGAUAUCAUUAUCCGAAGUCUACUACUAGCAGCACUUUGCGCUUGAUAAUACAGAAUGAGCUGGAUUUGCCACCGGUUGCUCAAGUAUGGGUGACGGUCGGUAGUGUUGUUGGUGCCAUGUUAUUGAUCGGAAUCAUAACAAUUGUCGCGUGGAAAUUUCUAGUGGACCUUCACGACAAAAGGGAAUACGAGAAAUUUAAAAAUGAUUCACUGGCUGCCGGAUAUGACGUUCAUAACCCUCUGUACCAACCUCCCGAAACGAGCUUCCCGAAUCCUGCAUAUAAAAGAGAACAUUGUGAUUGAUGUGAGAAUGUAUGAAACUGCACGACAAAAGAGAUUCCAUAGACUUUUAACAUAUUGACUUUAUAUUAAACUUUUUGGCUGCGGCAGGAAA